UCCGCGAGCGGGGCACUUGCGAAGAUGUCAGCGAUCAGCAUACGCGCCAUGCGAAUGGAGGACUUCGACGAGGUCGAGGCCUUUCUCGCGGAGCACUUCUUCAAGCAGGAGCCACUGAUGCUGAUCCCCCAGGAGGAUGCCAAGCAGCGCGAGGUGAUUCCCGCCGAGGCCGAGCUGCACCGCUCGCUCAUUCCCCAGGAUCUCUCCCUGGUGGCCGUCGACGGGGAGCGCAUUGUGGGCGUCGUGCUGGCCGGCGAACUGCUGCCCGAGGAUCUGGAGCGGGAGUACCAGGAGGCUGAGCACAAGGAGGUGGCGUGCCUGCUGGACAAGAUACACAAGUUUCUGGCCCGGAUCGAGCGGCAGGCCAACAUCUUCGAGCACUACGGCGUGGAGCGGGCCCUCUAUCUCUACAUGCUCGGCGUGGACACCUCCGUGCGGCGCCAGCGAGUGGGCACCCGCCUGGUGGAGGCCACCAUUGAGCUGGGUCGCCAGCGGGGAUACCCCGUUGUGACGUCGACCUGCACCAACAUGAACUCGCGGCGCCUCAUGACCGCCCUGCACAUGGAGUGCGUGCUCUCCAAGGAUUACGCGGACUACAAGGACGAGCACGGCGAGAUCGUCCUGCGGGCAUCCGAGCCCCACACCUCCGCCAGUGUCGUGGCCAUACGACUGUAGGAGUGGGAAAGUUACCAAAGAACAUAGAACCACAUCUAAGUUAUAACCUCAUGUGGCAAAAGGCAUAUGUAGAUAGGUAAUAGAUCAUAAAGGGAGGGGGAACUGGUAAGAAACUGAACCAAAUUUGCUAGAUAAGAAAGCUCUGUUUAUCUCUAGAAAUUGUAAACAACAUCAUAUUGCUAUCAGUUCCAGUUUCGGGGGUAAUCAAACCAUAAUCAUAAGUAUUUGUUAUUUGUUGUGUUGUUCUAGGGUGUUAAAAAUAAAUAAGUAAGCUUGCAAUUAA